AGACCUCUUCUUGCCCCGCUUGGAUGAAGACUUCUGCCGGUCUGGAUGUCCUCUUCUGCCCCAUCGGAUGAAGACUUCGGCCCGGCUGGGUGAACACGACUCAAGACCUCUUCUUGCCCCGCUUGGAUGAAGACUUCUGCCGGUCUGGAUGUCCUCUUCUGCCCCAUCGGAUGAAGACUUCGGCCCGGCUGGGUGAACACGACUCAAGAAACCAUGUUAGAACUUAGAAAGGUCAGCUUUUUAAAGAUAUAUCUUCUUGUGACAUAUUCUCUGUAUACUCAAGCUGAAGAUGACACAAUUGUACAAACAAAACAAGGAAAAGUAAGUGGCAUUCACUUACCAGUUUUGUCUGGUUCUGUAACAGCCUACCUAGGAAUUCCCUAUGGAGAACCACCGACAGGAGCCCAGCGGUUCAAAAAGUCAGAGCCUCGAAAACCUUGGCAAGGCACAUAUAACGCAAUAGAAUUUGGCAGAUCAUGUUACCAGAAUAAGCCAGACAUCUACAGUGAAUUUCCUGGCACAGCAAUGUGGUUAGUAAAUAAUGAAAUGAGUGAAGACUGCCUCUUUCUCAAUAUUUGGGUCCCAUCAUCCAAAUCUAAACCUUUCCCAGUAAUGGUAUUUAUACAUGGAGGAGGUUUCUUGUCUGGUACAACAUCAUUAGAUAUUUAUGAUGGACAUAUACUAGCUUAUUAUGAAGAUGUAAUUGUUGUAUCGAUGAAUUACAGAGUUGGGGCACUUGGAUUUUUAGCAUUGCCAGAAAACAAAAAUGCUCCUGGCAAUGCCGGUUUGUUUGAUCAGAGGUUAGCUUUGCAAUGGAUUCAUGAAAAUAUUGAAGUAUUUGGUGGAAAUCCACACAAUGUUACACUGUUUGGACAUAGUGCUGGAGCACUGUCUGUUGGAUACCAUGUGAUAUCUUCUGGAAGUCAUGCUUUUUUUACAAAUGCAAUUAUCCAAAGUGGUUCAGUUUUUGCAGAUUGGGGAUUACAUUCCCACGAUAGGGUAAGAAGAUCCACUCUUAAAUUAGCACAAUACCUUGGGUGCCCUCUUAAAGAUGAUGAUGCAGUAGUGACAUGUUUGCAAAAUAUAGAUGCUAUGGAACUAACUGAAAAGCAACUUUCAGCUAAGAACAGUGACAAUCUACUAAUAUUUGCACCAGUUAUAGAUAUGGACUUCCUAAGUGACAAUCCAAAUAAACUAAUUAGCCAGACAUUAAAAGAAACAAGCCUUUUAUUAGGAGUAACAAAGGAUGAUGGAAACCCAUUUGCAAUAAUGGGGGCUCCCGGAUUUAGCUUAAAAAAUGAGAGUUUGAUUACAUUUACACAGCUUCAGGCAGGAUUGAGGCAUUCCUUUCAUUCAUUUGGGGACCUCACUACAGAGUCCAUACUAUUGCAGUAUACAGACUGGGAGGAUGUAGAUAAUCAAGAAAAAAAUCGGGAGGCUAUGGAACAGGUUCUAACAGACUAUUUCUUUCUUUGCCCUGCAAAGUUGUUCGCAAACAAGUUGUCAGAGCAUAAAAACAGUGUAUACUUCUAUGUAUAUGAUCAUCGUAUAUCUAACGAAGUUUGGCCUGAGUGGAUGGGAACCGUGCAUGGUGCAGAAUUACCUAUAAUUUUUGGAAAACCUUUAAUUGAAAGUCAUAAUUAUACAGAAUCAGAAAAGGUAUUUAGCAAAAGGAUCAUGAAAUUCUGGACCAAUUUUGCACGAUAUGGUGCUCCAACUGCUCAUGAAGAAGUAGGAUUUACUUGGCCACUUUACUCAAAUGAAGAACAAAAAUAUGUUGUUCUGAAGCUGAACAAUACAGAAAUUCACCAGAAACUGAAAAGUCAUCAUUGCCAGUUUUGGAACUCUUACUUUCCAAAACUAGUCAGAAGUCUAGCUCCAUAAUUACAAGUUAUUUGGAUAUUUUGAAGAGCUAAACAGUACUAAAAUUGAAUCAUCACAUGGAUCAAAUAAUUUCAAUGCUUGAAGUUGGAAUAUAUAUAUACAAAGAAGUCUAGGUGCCUGAUGAUCUAACGCUCUCUGUUCUGACAAGAUUAUCUAUUAUUGUUUAUUUAGGUAUGCACAGUUCAAGAUGUGAAUGAGAGAUACAUACCAUACAUAUCUACAGUACAUAGAUUUUGGUCAUCAGUCCUUAGGAGAGAACAUGGCUUAAAAAUGUUAAGCGUAAUAAAGAUGUGAUUGAUUUAU